AAAAGAUAAGGAACUCGUCUCAUUCGUUCGCUGUGAUCUGCGGGGUGAUCUCCUCUCGGGUUGCUCGUCUCCGUUCUCACAGGGGCAGCUGCUCACCCGGUCACCGCCCUUCGCUCCUCCUCGUCCUUGGACGGUCAGGCAUGCAGCAGGGAAACCGGCUCUCCUGGUCGGAUUUGCAGAGCCUGGCGCGGCGGAAGCCAGCGGCGAGCUCCAGCGACCGUGACGCCGCCGAAGCAGCGGCGGAUGGGGGCAAUGGCAGAGGCCUCGCCAAGGCGCUCUCCGUUCCCCACCUGACAGCCAUCGGUGUUGGCUCGACGAUUGGUGCUGGCAUCUAUGUCCUGGUAGGAACUGUGGCUCGUGAGCAUGCAGGACCAGCCUUGACAGUUUCGUUUCUGAUAGCUGGAAUUGCUGCUGCCCUUUCAGCCUUGUGUUAUGCUGAGCUUUCUUGCCGGUUCCCUUCAGCAGGAAGUGCUUAUCACUAUUCUUACAUUUGCAUUGGAGAGAGUGUUGCUUGGCUGAUUGGCUGGGCUUUGAUUCUGGAGUACACAAUCGGUGGAUCAACUGUCGCGCGUGGUAUCUCACCAAACUUGGCUCUCUUUUUUGGUGGCCAAGACAACUUGCCCUUCUUUCUAGCACAAGUGCAUAUUAAAGGGCUUGACACCGCAGUUGAUCCUUGUGCUGCGAUUCUUGUCCUGAUAGUUACCGCAUUACUCUGUCUGGGAAUCAAGGAGAGCUCACUUGUAGAAGGCAUCAUCACCAUUGCAAAUGUUGCAGUCAUGCUGUUUAUUAUUUGUGCUGGUGGAUGGUUAGGAUUCCAGAAUGGGUGGCCUGGUUAUAAUGUUCCAAAAAGCUACUUUCCGAACGGUGCCAGCGGGGUUUUUUCUGGAUCAGCAACUCUCUUCUUUGCAUACAUCGGCUUUGAUGCAGUCGCUAGCACAGCUGAGGAGGUGAAGAAUCCUCAACGUGAUCUUCCACUGGGGAUGGGUUUGACCUUGUCAUUGUGCUGCUUCCUCUACAUGAUGGUUUCUGUUGUUAUUGUUGGUCUGGUGCCAUAUUAUGCAAUGGAUCCUGACACCCCUAUUUCAUCUGCAUUUGCUCAACAUGGAAUGCAAUGGGCAGUGUAUAUCAUUUCCAGUGGGGCAGUUCUUGCUCUCAUAGCAUCGUUGAUAGGCGCUAUUCUCCCUCAGCCAAGAAUUGUGAUGGCUAUGGCAAGAGAUGGACUGCUUCCACCAAUCUUCUCAGCUGUCGAUCAUCGAACUCAAGUCCCGACCUUGAGCACUAUCUUGACCGGGAUAUGCUCUGCUAUCCUUGCUUUUUUUAUGGAUGUGUCACAGUUGGCAGGGAUGGUAAGCGUGGGCACGCUAUUGGCAUUUACAAUGGUUGCCAUUUCUGUUUUAAUAGUAAGAUACGCUCCUCCAGAUGAAAUGCAAAUGGAAGGGCCUGAUCCAGGCUCACUUGAAUCACUAGCUUCACAGGCUGGGCAGUCAGAGCGAGAUGAGGAUAUUUUGGGGGAUCCUUUUGGCAAUGUUCAAGAAGGACCUACUGCCAGUGAGGUCGUCAAUAUGGUAAGGCGACAAAAAGCCAAACGAUGCAUAAUACUGGUAUGCAUUGGAGUCAUCAUCUUUGUUUCUGCGGUUUCUUUCUCCUCUUUGCCGUUUUAUAUACAACACACAAUAUGUGCCUUUAGUGGGUUGCUUUUGCUCGGUUCUACCAUUGCACUUUCCUGCAUUGGACAAGACAAGAACUCUUUAAGAAAAAUGGAAGGUUUCAUGUGCCCAUUUGUUCCUAUACUUCCAGUAUGUUGCAUCCUCAUCAACGUAUACCUUCUGAUGAACCUUGGGAGUCACACGUGGAUCCGUGUUUCUGUAUGGCUGGUGGCUGGUGCAUUGAUAUAUCUGUUCUAUGGCCGAAGUCACAGUUCAUUGACGACCACUACCUACCAGCGUGUAUCACCUGCAUAAGACAGGUGGGGUGUAUGAAGAUGAAGUUCCUCUGACAAGGUUUCCAUGUUCAACCAAAAUGCUGCAAAGCCUUCAAACCAGCCAGAAGAAAUGACCAGUCAUACAUGGGAAAGACAUGUAUAUGCACCUCCAGAAAUAGCGUUGCAUGUUGAAUUGCAUAGGAUCUCCUUUUGUCAAUCAUUUUUUGGCAGUUUCGCCAACACAGGAACAAAGUAAUUUUCGAGGAAAAAUGUAGGAGUGGAAUCCAAAAUAUCCUCGGUGUUUGUAUCACUAUAUCCAAAAUAAUUUCGGAGUAUACAAUUUCUUCUUAAAUUUUAAAAAACGAAACAUGAGAUGUAACACCAUUUGAAGUGUUGUUUUUUAGGAGGACAUCCCUACUGAAUUACUACCUCCGUCAUUACAAGAUGAUCAAGUUGUUGAUGUGAAGCUCAAGUUCAAUAAAGUCAUCAUUGGACCCAUUACAAGGAGCUACUUGAACAACAGAUAGAUCGAGCGUCGCACGAGAAGAGGAGCAGCUGGACAUGGUGCUAGACGUGAAGACAAUCCACAGACGCACGACGGAGGAGCGGGAGGCAUGCGCGAAGGAAGUCGACACCGGCAUUGCCGGCCUGUGCAGGGUGGCACUGUACCAGGUGCACCUCGGCACUGUCGUCGGCACUGCCGGCCCAACCACACCGGCACUGCCGGUGUCGUUGCCUAUUCGACGGUACCUCGGAGGAGGGAUCCUCACAGAGGGGAGAAGAAGUAGGGGCCAUCAGACGAAGAGUCCUCGGGACGGUGGUACGCAGUAUACCCAGCUUCGGAACACCUGCACGAUGACAGGGUCUACUGCUGCUUGUCUGGAAUUAUCUGGGCUUUCGCGUUGUUACAAUGAGUUGUGGUUGUGCCUCUAGGGCUCCUAGGAUCCGGCUUAUAAAGGCACCAAGAUCUAGGGCUUACACGGAGAGUCCUAGCCGGAAUACAAGAUGCCUAACUACGGUAUAUUACAUUGCCGUGCACGUCAAGGAUCCACCUUUUCUUAUACGCCGUAAUGGAUCCGGAUACAUCAUGGGCCA